GAGUCAGUUAAAUCGUCACUUCAAUUUGUCAUAAGUUUUGUAAUGGCCUUCCCUAAAGCUGUCGAUAUUAGAGUGUUACUCGAAUGUUUUUCGAUUCACUGACACGACAGGAGAGACCAUGGCUGCCAGCGAAGUGGAAAUUAAGCCGAAGACAAAAAAGGUGAAAAAUUACACAGAUGUUGACAAUUAUAAACCCUCGAAGCAUGUGACCUACUUAAAGAAUACUCUAGGUGCCAUAUUGCCCCAGUGUCUCCACGAAGUAUGCCAGAAAAGACCUAGAGACCCGAUUGAGUUUAUCGCUCUGUGUCUCUACAAAUCAGUUGACUGUGAAUUAUACUUUUACGAGAAAGCCAUUUUCUCAAAGGAGCUUCAGCUUAUGGCCCUUGAACUGAAGAAAGAGAAUGCGGUGCGACAGUCGAACAUUGAAAAAAUCAAGAAAAAAAUUGCAGAGCUGAAGGUUUUGCUCAGGGGAGAUAAGAAAAUCGAAGCCUUGCUUUGGAUGGAAGCCAGAAAAAAAUCCUCUCUCGUAGCUGAGGAGGAGGAGGAAGAAGAGGAACACAAGGGCUCAGUCAACACUUUACUACCACAGCCGGAAGAUGAAAUACUACCGUUGUCCCCGGAGUUAACAACAUCGGGAGAACACGAUGUGACCUCAAAAUCCGACGAGAUUUCUCCCAAAAAAACGAUUUUCGCCAAAAUGAGAAAAAUUUCGAUGAAAAAGCCUCCAAAAAUGCGUCCUAAGAAACUUUCUCAGGUGCAUCAUAAGAAGCCGUCCAUGAGCCUUUCCGAGUCUUCAGUCACGGACCACGAGUCUCUAACAGAGGAAACUUCGACCAAGUCCAAGAUCAGUAGCAGCGAUGUAUCCGUGCUAACUACCUCAGAGCCCGAGUCCGAGUCGCUUGUAUCGGAAGAUGAAAAAAGGUCGAGUCUAGAUCAUCAUAAGACGAAACACAAAAAGUUCAUGAAAAAAGGUUCAGGAUCGUCCGUAGAUCAGGGUUCAUCGUCCACCGUCGGACACAAAGUAGUCACUAAAAGCUCGAGGUACCCGCGAACCUCUAGACACGAUGUCCGCAUGGAUAUAAGCAAAAGAAAAUUCAAACCAGUAGUAAAAAUAAAGAGGAAACUUAAAGCAGCAGACUCAAAGCGUGCCAUUUAUAGAAUCAGGAGCCUUGAGGCCAAAGAAAGCAAAAAGUUUAAAAAAAGAAGUCGGACGGCAAUGUCUAAAACAGAUCGGGGUAGGCCAGAUCUCGACGUCUCAGACGAUCUUCUUAAACCAAAAACGAAAAAAAGAGCGAGCAGUAUUUUUAGUUAUGUGACUCCUAAACAAGAAAUUCACGAGCCUCUUUCCCCAAAAAUUGCUAAAAAGCCCACUAUUAGAAAAACCUUCAGAGGCCGGCGAAUCGCAGGAAGUCUUUCAGAUAAAACAAUAAAAAUGCAAGAGAAAGACACCACCCCACUUCUGGAAGAACCUCCAAAACAAGAGGAAACUAAACAGAAGAAAAAAAAGUCAAAAGUGAAGUCUUUAGAUAUUGAGGCUUAUACUCGAGAUGAAUCUCCAGACAUAUCUAAAAAAAAGAAAAAAAGGAUUUCUUCACCAAAGGGCGCUAAAGCUGCAUUAGGGGAGAGUGACAAGGAUUUUAAAUUUGAAAAAGACAGGCAGGAAGAUUAUUUGACUAGCCCCUCAAAACCGAAACGCAAGAAAAAGCCAGUCAAGGGCUCAGCUCUUUCAAUAACACCAGAUCUAGCUCAUAAAAAGGAUAGAAGAGAAAGCAGAAUGCUUGAAGCACCGACCGAUGCAACUCAAAGGCACAAGAAAAAGACCAAAUCUAUGAGAGAACUAAUGACUGAUAUUGAGAUGGAACAAAUUAAAAAGUCAAUUAAAGAAAAGGACAAAUCUGAGGCACCGGAGAAAAUUAAAAAGAAGGCUGGUCCUUCGUCUGACGUUUCAGAUACUGACGAUUAUCAAAAGAAAAAAAAAGCGACUAAAGCUGGGACCCAAGGUGAAUCCGCGGAUGAAGAAGUAGCAAAAGAGCCAACCAAAAAAAGACGAAAAUCGAAAGAAAAAGAGACUGAUCUCGAUGUCAUGACCGACUUAUCCUCGGACCAUGAGCGAGAUUUCCCUGACAAAACGAAAAGGGUAGACAAAUAUCUAGUAGACUCCACAGAUGAAAAAGGUGUGCCAACAAAGUCAAGACGAGCAUCGAAAGCUAAAGAGAUUGUUCGCGAUGAAUCUGACCAAGACGUUGACAGAGUUGUAGGCAAGAAGCAAGAGAAAGAGAAGGACCAACCUCAGACUAUGAGAGGGAGUCGAUUCGAUUCUGCUGCUUCCGUCAGUCAAGCGACUGGUAAAAAGACAACACUUGAAGACAGGCGUAUUUCAAAGCAAAAAACAAGUGAAGAUGUUAAAAAAAAAAAAGAGCUACGAGACAAAGCGGACGUCGAAGAGGAUUCUUCUAAAAUGAAAGAAGACAAGACGCAGCGCUAUAGAGAAAAAGAUAAAGAGAAAGAUAUUCAAAAGGAAAGAGUACAGGAGAGCAUGUUAGAGUCGGAAGACGAAGAACUGCCUACAAAAAUGAAAAAAGGGGAAGCCAAAUCUCGAAAAAGCAAAGCAAAACCUCAGGAAGAGUUCGAACCAGGAGAAAAGCGAAGGAUAUUCAAAGAGAAAGAACAAGAUGAAAGAGAGAGUUCGGGGCCAGACGUUGCCGAGGAAGUAACUCGGACACAAAGGAAAAAAUCGGAUCAAAAAAGUUACAAAAGUAAGGAAAAUCUUCCAAGUGUUGGUUCUGGCGUAUGGGAUAAGGAAGAGACACAGGCUUCAAAGAAAACAUCGGAUAAAAGACCCUUGAAGGAUAGAGACAUUGAAGAGGAUACACAGAAAGAAGACUACAAAGACAGUACUCUGGGUGAAGAUGGCCUUUACAAGAAAAAGAAAGGGAAAAAAUCCCGUGAGAGAUUAGCAGAAAGUGUUGAAGAACCAAUUCUGAGAGAAGAAACCACAGUUGUAGAUCAAUCUAACAAAGUCCUAGAAGACCAAAGAUUUCACGCAAUAUCCGAUUACGAUGUUCCGAAAGAAGUGGAUAGAUUAGAACCUAAAGAUAGCGAUGAAGAGUCCUAUCCACGUAAACAAAAGAAAGUUAAACAAACUGACAAAGGCGAAAGAAUGGGAAAGGAGGAGCAAAAACGAAGAGACUACCUGGACAGAUCUGAGUCUGACAUUGGAGAAGAAGAGUCUCCACAAAAAACAAAAGACGAACAAACAUUUCGUCUCGAAGAAGAAGCUAGAGAUGAACAAGGAAAAUUCGAAUCUGGUUUAGAUGACGACGAUGCUUAUUCAAGAAUGCAAAAAGCCGAAAAAAAGAUGCCUAGCAAAGGUGAAGAAACUGAUUCUGAAGUUGAAGAAGAGGAAUCUUCAAAGAAGAAAAAAUCUCAUAGAAAGUCGAAUCGCAAAGGUGCUGAAAGCCAAGAAAUGGCUCAAAAACGACGCGAUGACGAAAAGAGUACAUUGGACUCUGAUGUUGGUGAAGAAGAAAUGUCCCCCAAAAAGACAAAGGAUGACAAAAAGUCACGUCAGAAAACAGAGGAAAAAGGGGAAGAACCCCAAAGAAAAAAAGAAAAAAGGGGUACAUUAGACUCCGAAAUUGAUGAAGAAGAAAUCCCCCACAAAAAGACCAAGGAUGACAAAAAGUCACGCCAGAAAGCCGAAGAAAGAGGGGAAGAACUCCAUAGAAAAAAAGAAAAAAGAGGUACAUUAGACUCUGACAUUGAUGAAGAAGAAAGUCCCCCAAAAAAGACAAAGGAUGUCAAAAAGACACACCAGAAACAUGAAGAAACUGAUGAAGAUGCUUCUAAACGCAGGGAAGAAAGACGUAGCUUAGAUUCUGACUUAGUCGAAGAAGAAUCUUUUCCUAGAACGAAAACAGAAGAUAAAAAAACGCAUCGCAAAAGUGAAGAACAUGAAGAAAGUGCCCACAAACGAAAAGGUUUAAUGGACUCCGAUGCUAGCGAAGAAGAAUUCUACCCAAAAAAGCCCAAGCAUGAAAAAAAGGCACGUCUUCAAGACGACGAUAAGGAAGAAUAUGUAGAAUUUAAAAAAAGAGAAGUCCUAGAAAAGUCCUAUUCUGAAAUAUAUAGUGAUGAUGAGGAAGUCGUCAAAAGAAAAAGAAAAGCUUUGAAGAAAGCAGAGAAAGAAGCCGAAGGUUUGGAUAUCAAGAAAAAAGAAGAAAGACCAACUAAACGAGACAAGAUAGACAUCGAAUCAGAGGAUUUCCCUGCGUCGGAAGACGACAAAGAGACCCGAACAAAAAAGAAGAAAGAUAAAAGAGAAAGGCGAGGUAGUACCGAUGAAAAUGAGGAAAGACUUUCGAAACUCAGAAAAGAAGACGAGCUUAUCAGUACAUCUAAAACUGAGGAAUCGACAAGCCGAAAAAAGCGACGUGAUAAGUCCAAACCAAUUGAAGAGGAAGAGACGCCGCGCUACGCUGACACGGCUCGAGACAGAGAAGAUGAUGAGGGCUCGCAGAAAAAGAUGAAACGCAAAAAAGAUUCCGACGGGAAAUCUAGAAGUCUCAAAACUUCAGACCUCUUGGACGACGACGCGAUUGCCGCAAGCGAAACGAAGAAAUCAUUGGAUGACAGAGAAACGCUCAAGCAUAAAAGGCAUCCGAGGAAAGGCCCAAUAGAAGAAGACCUGUCCAGCGACUACGACAUGCAAGACAUAGAGAGGAAAAUUAGCGAACCGUCGAAACCCAAAGGACUUUCAGACAGUGAGCAGCUGCAAAAAUACAAGAAGCAAAAGGAAAAACAAGCCGAGGAAGAAGAAGCUGAAUUCGGAAGAUCUGAAACAAAAAAGGAACCCAAGAAAAAACCCACAACCUCAGGUAGAUAUGCAGAAAGAGGGAUCACAUCACCAAAGUUAUCAGUACCACCGAGCGAAACCGAUUCGGCACUGACCUCUGAAGAGUUUGACCGAGAUGACUCUGAAGAAGAAAAGUAUAAAAAGAAGAAGAGGAAGGCCGGAAGCAAGAGAGAUGAGGAGGAUGACCGCAGGAGGGAUGACGAGGAUGACCGCAGGAGGGAAUCGUUUGACUUCGACGCCAAGAGGCUUCGGGCGGAAGACGACGAAGCACUGCGCAGUGACGGAGUUUUAUUGAAAAAGAAAUCCAGCUACCUGGUACCGGAUGAUGACUAUCAAAAAGGUUUCUUGGGAGACCCAAAGAAGCGUAAGAGACGAGCUUCCAGAAUGUUCACGCCGAUUCAGUGUGAAUGGUAUCUGGACAAGCCCCGUGUAUUGGUGUGCCGGCAUCCAAUUUUGGGAGAAAUACGGUCCCACCAACCGUUACUGUACUCAGUAUUAGAUACUCCUUACUUCUGGGACCAUGAAGAAUUCAACUGCCAGGUCUUCUAUGAACAUGAGAUCUACAGUGUCUGCGACCCUGGCUACGACGACACCGAGUACAAGGACCGUCUGAUGGAGUGGCACGAGGAAGACUGGGCCUGAG